CAGAGUUUCUGCUCAUUUAUAUAGUUCAAACCCCUUGAGGGAUUGAUGGUUUUAUGUAGAACCAACAAUUCAAAUGCCGGGGUUCGGUGUUUUCCCUCUUGGUAGCUGUUUCGAUGGGUGCCGAGACCACGCUCAAGCGUCGGGAUUCGGCACGCGUAUAUGGAACUUGAGCGACAGGCCGGUCGAGCUGCAGAUAAGGGUAGGAUCAAUAUUGAAAAAGGUGCAUAGUUUGAAGCCAGGAUGCUCAAAGAGGUUGAAAUGUAAGAGCAUUUACAAAGCAUAUAUGCCAGGAAGGAGUAUGAAGAGCUUGCUUUAUUACUAUGAUGAAGCUUGCCAACCUUAUGUUUGGAUACAUGAAAGUGGAGGUGAUUCCAUGAGAAUGGUGAAGCAACAAUUUAUCAGUCUUGAAGAUUUGAGGGAGUUUUCUGAGAUUAGAAUCUUUCGGGAUCAUCAGCGCGGUUGCGUAUCGGUUCGGAAGAAACCGAGGCUCGGUUUCUGCUGAUUCUUAUACUAAAACAUGUUGUGUUCUGAAACUUUGUAACUUUUCUAUGAAUGUUGUUCUUGUGUUUUCAUCUCUGCCAUGUCUAUUGCCUAACUGUCUUUCCCUGUUUCCUUCUUUUGUUUGGAAUUUAACAAAGUCAGAUGGCAUUGUUGUUUCUUCC